AUGGAAAACAAUGUGAAACAAGACAUGCUGACCCUCCCUCCUCAAGAACUUGAUGUUCUUAUUGGAUCCUACAUUCUUUCUCUAGAGAAGGACAAUGGUGAACCUUACGAACCUGAAACAUUAACAUCCUACCAUCGUGCCAUUGAUCGCCACGAUCCUGACAACGAUGACCCCUCUAACAUUGUGCAAGAUGCAGAAUUCCUUGCCAGUAGAAAAGUUCUUGAAGCCAAAACUAAAGAACUAAAACAGUUCUUUAGAAAGAUGACGAAAGUGUCCGCUCCUGAGAGACCAGUGGAGGAGUGGGCGGAUGACGUCAAACCUAUCUUUCUCAUCCAGGGACUCUUGGACUCGUUUGGUCCUGGAUCGAAAGAUACGACCAAUUGUACCUACUGCCAAGAACAUGGGGAGACAACUGCGGCUGUUGCUUGGUGCUCCGUCUGUGAUGAUGCACUCUGUGAGAAAUGUACUGGAGCUCACAACCGCAUCCCAUCAUUUCGUCACCAUGACGUCACUGACCUGUCUGGAGAGGUCAAGGUCAAGGGAAAGCGAAAGGCCAUGUGCAAGGAACACAAACAGGAGUCGCUAGAAUUUCUCUGUCAGGACUGCAAGAAGGCCGUGUGUCAGAAAUGUUGCAUACAAUACCACAGGAAAUGUGAUGCCGUUGUCACGAUCACCUCACAGAUGGUGACAAUGAAAACAGAUCUGACAGAAAUGAAGAAGUCAUUAUCAAAGAAGGAAGAUGAGACGAAACUUCGUGUGAAGGAACAAAAGUUGCAGGAGCAGAGAGAGAGAGAUCAUUAUUCACUGAUGAAGUCACAUAUUCAUUCCGCAUGCCAGAAAGUUAUAGAUCGGGCCAAGAAAAAAGAAAGGAAGCUACUCAAUCUAAUGAAAGAUAUUUCACAGAAACACAUCAGACAAUUGAAAGCAGACAUUAAGACAGGCGAGAUGUCGGGAUGUGAGGUCGGUGAUGUGGAGGCUGUCGGAGACGCUGACCUGAAGGAGAGAGGAAGAAUAGCCAGUGUCACAUUCAGACAAGACACAGACAAGCUGAGUAAAGCACUGGACGAUCUACAGCUGGGUGAGAUAGAGGUCCUGUAUGAGAGUGUGCUGGACCUGAAGGCUACUCCUGUGUUACAAGACACCAUUGACAUCACAGUAGCAGGCGAUAAGAGUAAACCAAUCCCCAUUGACGUGACACAGCUGGUGGUGAAUGACACAGACACCGUUGUAGUCACAGACUGGGAAAACACCAGUGUGAAGUCCUUCUACGUCAAGAACAAACAGACACAGCACAGAAACGUGCUGAGGUCUAUCAGUUCACGCCACAAAGGUAACAGCAUCUUACAGGAUCCCGACUUCCUCAGUACCACGCUGACAGGUAACAUCCUGGUGUCUGACAGGGGAACCAAGUGUGUCGUGUGUCUGACCCCCGAGGGAGAUUUGGUGUUCAGCUACAGCCCUACAGGAGACACAGCACUGGAGAGUUCUCAUGGUAUCACAAGUACCGACACAGGCGACAUCCUGGUUACAGACUACAGUCUACACAGAGUCAUCCAUCUCACUGAGUCAGGACAGUUUGUCAGAAACAUACUGACAGAAGAGGGCGAUAUUGACCUUCCUGUGGCUGUCUGUGUGUAG